AUGAGCAACUCGAAUCGUCCACCACCAGCUGAAGAAUCCUCGGACGAGGAGAGCCGAACGCCAAUCCGCCGACGCCGUCACAUCGACCUGACCCCGACGAACAGCAACCCGGUGACGGGGCUAAUAAGGGGCGGCAGUGUCCGAGACCCCGCUCGUCUGAAUCAUUUAUCACCCGGGCCCAUAGUGCACGAGAGCAAGUCGGCCACCUUCAAGGAGGGCCUAAUCGAGGGCCUCGAUGGCACCAUCCAAGAAGUGGCCCCCCUCCUGCGGACCGUCAGCCUGCGCGUCCGCCAGCAAGUCCAGUCGACGCUCAGCGAUCCGCUAAAACGGAAAACGGACCGCAUCGGCUCGGAGAUCCGCGAGGGCAAGCGGAAAAUGGACGCCCUGUCGGCAAAGCUGACCCUGCCGAAAUUUAUGAAGGACAGCAAGCGCAGUUUGGCGACGAACGACGACGCGCCCAGCUCCAGCGACGACGAGUCGAUGGACGGCGAGGCGCUCGACCAGAUCGAGCGCGAGAACAUUGUCGACAUGUACGAGAAGCUACGCCGCGAGAAGAAGUGGCUGGCGAUGCUGAAGCAGAUGGACGAGCACAAGCCCGCCAAGAAGCUGCAGGAACGCGUGUGGAAGGGGGUGCCGUUGAAGCUCAAAAUUAGGGUAUGGCCCCGCCUCCUCAACAUUGAUCGGUUACGACGGGAUUGCCGAGACAUCCCCGAUAAAGAUGGGAAGGGUAUUUACGACCAACUGAAAGCGAGGGCAAAGCUCGUCUCGCGCGACGUCAAGCAAAUCGACCUGGACAUCAAUCGGACGUUCCGUAACAACGAGAUCUUCCGCGAUCGAUACUGUGUAAAGCAAAAAUCGCUUCUCAACGUGCUGGUCGCGUACUCGAUGUACAACACGGAAGUGGGGUACUGUCAGGGCAUGUCUCAAAUCGCCGGCCUGUUCCUGAUGUACCUCGACGAGGAGGAGGCGUUCUGGUGCAUGCACGCACUGAUGGUCUCCCAGAAGCACACGAUGCACGGCUUCUUCGUCCCCGGGUUCCCAAAGCUCGCCCGCUUCGAGCAGCACUACAUCAAGCUCGUCAAAAAGUACAAGUCGAAGGUGUCGAAACAUUUGGACAAACUCGACAUCCCCUACAUUUACAUGACAAAAUGGUGGUUCGGCUGCUUCUUGGAUCGGGUACCGUACGCGCUGGCCCUCCGGAUAUGGGACGUCUUUCUAUGGGAGGGCGACGCCGUGCUCCUCGCGAUGGGCCUCAACAUUAUGAAGAUGCACGAGAAACGAAUCCUGAAAUGCGGCUUCGAGCAGUUCAUGGAACUGGUCCAAGACGGCCUCGCCACGAACUUUGGCUACUCGAAUGAUGUGGUCAUGGAGUCGCUGCACGCGAUCCUCGACAAAUUGCGGAGCGAUAAGCUGGACCGACCUCCCCCGCCGGCAGAGGGCAGCCUACCUGAGGUCCCCACCAAAGCCUACGGUCCGAUCCUCGCGAAGACGCUCGACCAGAUCAAGUGCGAGGUGGCGGAGGUCAGAAGUCGGUCCAGCCGCGCGAAUUCGAUGGUAGCGUCGCGGACGGCGUCCAUGAUCUCUCCCGAAGCUGCCGCCGAGCGGCAAAAGCUGAAGAAAAUAACCGUCGCCACCGGACGUACGCCCAGGCCGGCCAGACGGAAUAAUGGAGCUGCGCGCUUGCAGUCGGAAUCGUCAUUGCAGCGAGAUUCGCGACCUCCCGCCCCCGAAUCUUUCAAUGCCACUUUUUCGAAUGGGGCGCCGCCAACCGAAGAAGUGCCUUUUAAGAUACCAUCUCGCGGCUCCAUGAAAGGCUCCCCCUACGAGCAGCAACAAUUUCCGGAAGCCCCAAAACGAGGCCCCGUCCGACCGAUGGGACUAUCUGGAAAAGAACAAAUGCGGGCGUACUCGUCUGGAAAAAUGCCUCCAGCUCAACCGCCCUCCUCCACGUCGUCAUCGCUCCGGAUGCGACCUGGGAAUAACGACUCGCUCAAAUCCACCGACACGAGCUCGCGCAAGAGUACGUACGACAACGUACACACCGACAGACAGCCCUCCUCGCCGCAGCGGACGAUCACCGUCCGCGAUGAUAGGUCCGGAAAACUGGUCUACAUCUCGCGAGGGGGUGAUGAUGAUUCACCGCCGGGACAGAUGGACGAUAUAUUAAACUACGGCCCUGAACCGCCUUCUGUAACCCACCUGGCCAACCACGUCACCUACGUCAAAAUCGGGGAAGACGGCGAGGCGAACGAGUGGACGACAAAAAUG